AUGAGCCUUAUUGAAAUUCUUGGUAUCUGCUUUGGUGGCAACUCUGCCCCCAGCCGCCAGGCCUCUUAUCUUUCUGCUGACGAGGCAUCGAAUAUGCCGCUGGACGCAUUCCUGCAGCGCAGUCUUGAGAGCGCCCCGAGUGCGUUGGAGCAGAACGGCGCCUUUGCCGAUAUAUUCCAGAAGCACAUACAGGGCGGAGCUGAUGCCGCGAAGAUUGUUCGCAUUGUGCAGGACGUUCUGGCACGUCUGGCAGGAAAUGACACCGACAGGGCAACGACGCAGUGGGCGUGCCAGGUUUUGGCCCCCGCAAAUGCCGGCCACCAACUACGCCCGGCUGCCGGCACGGACAACAAUGGCUGGCAGACGCAGGAAAGCAAGCAACGCCCGCAGCAGCAGAAGAAAUCUGGAGAUGAUGACGUCUAUAUCCGCUCGUAUUUCUUCCCCUCAGAGGACAGCUUCAAUGCGCUCAUCAAUUUCAUCGAGGCCGCCAAGUCUACGCUCGACAUUUGCGUGUUCAACAUUACUGACAACGACAUCGCGCGCGCCAUCGGUGAUGCCAAAAAGCGUGGUGUAAAUGUCCGCAUCAUCACCGACGAUGAGCAGCUCAAGUGCCAGGGCAACGAUGUUGAGCGCAUGAGAGAGCAGUAUGGCAUCCCGUUCAAGACAGACAGCGACCCGUCCAAGUUUAUGCAUUCUAAGUUUGCCAUCAUCGACAGACGCGCUAUCUGGACUGGGUCCUACAACUGGACCGUCAGCGCUCGCAGAAGCAACAACGAGUCGGCCAUCUGCACCAAUGACCCAAACACCGCCAAGGCAUACAGUCAGGAAUUUGAAACGCUCUGGAAACAAUUUUAG